UUUCAAUGCAGAGGUCGGGUGACGCCCCUCCUCCUCUGCCUCCAACAGCAUCAGCAUCUCCAAACCGAACAGGGCGACCCACCGCUGGAGGAGGAUGCUCUCCGGUCCGUUGAUGCUCAGCAGCCCGACGAGACGCACCGAAGAGGCGGCCGGACGACAUGGUCAAAGUGAUGAAGACCCCGAUUUUGCGUUUUGAGGGCGCCGCGCGGAUGCAGGGCUGAUCCAGGGAAAAGCCGAGCAAACAAAAGGCAUCGAGCCCCCCUCCUCCGACGCACCUGGCUGCCCUGUCGCCACCUGACAUGACAGCGCAGAGCCGGGAGCAGAGCAGCAGGAUCAAGGGGCACCGACGUGCAGCCGGACGCGCGGACUCGACUCGGAGCGGAGGAGCCUGCGGACGCUCGGCGGAGGAGAAGCAGCAGCAGCAGCAGCCCAGGGGAGGCCGGAUUGCAGUUUCUGGGGACGAGCGCCAAGGGCAGUGCGGCAGUCAGCAGGCAGACCGGGGGGAGGAGGCUGCGGAGAUCUGUGAUACUUCCCCCCAAGUCAACACUGCGAGCUCACCUCCACAUCCUCCUCAGCAUAUGAUGGUGGAUGCUCUGAUGUUUGAUCAAUGGUGACUGUGUUCCUCCAUCAGCAUUUUUCUCUCCUGCUUUUCCCCCCCUCUUCCCAUCACUGAUGAAUUGAAAGAUUAAGAUCUGCUCUUCAGGCAAGGGUGGAACCCUGAGGGGGACUGAUGUGCAUACUGGCCAGGUAUCAUCUGCUCCCUUCUUCUCUGGUUUUGCUCAUUCUGCUUGCUGCCUGCACUAUGGGCUGUAUUCAGAGCAUUGCAUGCAAGCCCCGCAUCAGACGGGAGAACAUUGUGGUGUACGAGGUGUCCGCCUCUAUCGACCAGUGUCCCACCAUCAUCGAGGAGAAUUCACCGAUUGUGCUGCGUUACAAGACGCCUUACUUCAGGGCCUCAGCAGGAGUUGUGAUGCCACCAGUGCCCCGCAACGAGACCUGGGUGGUGGGAUGGAUCCAAGCUUGUACCCAGAUGGAGUUCUACAACACCUAUGGAGAUAUUGGCAUGUCCAGCUGGGAGCUGCCAGAGCUCAGAGAGGGUCGGGUCAAGGCCAUCAGCGACUCGGACGGCGUCAGCUACCCCUGGUACGGCAACACCACGGAGACGGUGACUCUGACCGGACCCACGUCCAAACCGUCCCGUCUGACGGUCAGCAUGAACGACAACUUCUACCCCAGCGUGACCUGGGCGGUUCCCAUCAGCAACAGCAACACACCCAUGCUGACCCACAUCACCAGGGACCAGAGUUUCAUCACCUGGCUGGUGGCCAUGAACUCUGUCACCAAGGAACGCAUCGUGUUGCAGACGGUGCGGUGGAGGAUGCGGGUGGACAUCGCCGUGGAUCCGGACAUGCCUCUGGGCUCUCGGGCCUCGUUGGUGGGUCGUCCCUACCAGGAGCAGCCACACAUCCUCAACUACCAGGAGCCCAUCCCUCCCAACGCCCUGGGGAGGCCCAAUGCCAACGACGCCCAAGUGCUCAUGUGGAGGCCGAGGAGAGGGGCGCCGCUUGUGGUCAUACCGCCAAAAUAAAAGGGUCUGGUAACUUCAAAGACAUAAAUAUAGCUGCUCUGGAUUUAUCCGGACAGGACCUUGUGGCUCCUGAAAGAGUCAAGUGGACUGUUAAGAGAAGCCAGAGUGGAUUUUACAUCUUGGAUCUCUGUUUGUCUACAACAAACAAGGACCUGGAACUGCAUCAAGGCUUGUUUGACAAGUUUUUGGACCUCCACAAAGAGUUCUGCUUGCCUUUUUAGCGAAGAAGGAACACUGUUUUUAGUCGUACCGCAGAGGAAUUAGACCACAACAAGAACUGCAUCCUGCAUCCUUAUGUAGACCUUAUUGCAUGAGAGUGAGAGGGAAAAACUGUCCACGAAAGAAGUUUAAGAACAGCAUUUGUUUUGUAUAACUUGAUACCUGAAGACAUUUUGAUUGAAAAGUCAGCCAAAAAACAACAUAACCAUGAGUUCAACCUCAUCAGUGCCAACAAAGGCCUUCAGCACACUCGAUACCAGAAGUAAAGGAUGUAUUCAGAUCAUUUAAAAAGAGAUAAAGUAUUAUAUGAAUCUUUUUAGGUUAAGAUUAAUCAGAUUGUAUUAAGAGCACCCACUUGCCAUAAAAGUCUGGAAGAUAAAAAAACA